AUGGUGCCGUACUUGGGCUUUGUCAAUUUAUUGAAAAGUGGCUUCCCGCCUCCCAAGGAAGCUCCGAACUACAUGCAUCACACCAAAAUUUUGGCGUGCCUCGGGAGCUACACCGACCAUUUCGGGAUACCGGGUAAAGUACGCCUGCGUCACGAAGACCUCCGUGUGACACAGGCCAAGGACUAUGACUCCACCAGCCGCUGGGAUGAUGUCAAGGAUCUAGCCAACGGCAUCGAGCGCAGAGAGACUUUCGACGCAGUGCUGGUGGCCUCAGGGCGACACGGGUUCCCGAACCUUCCCACGUUCAAGGGCCAGGAGAAAUUCAAGGGCAGGAUCGUUCAUACGCACAGCCUCAAGAUCCCGGACCAGUUCAAAGACAAGAUAGUUGCUGUCGUGGGCAACGGCAACUCCGCGGUCGACGCUGCCGUUGACGCAUGCCAUGUGACUGCCGAGACAGCGUUCACUGUACUCCAUUUCUGCAGCGACUUUCCCCCUCCCAAAGAGGCUCCCAACUUCAUGCACCACACCAAGAUGUUGGCGUACAUCAGGAGCUACGCAGACCAUUUUGGCAUUACGGGUAAAGUGCGCCUGCGUCACGAAGUCCUCCGUGUGACACAGGCGGAGGACUACGACUCCACUGGUCGCUGGGACGUACUCAUCAAGGAUCGCAACGGUGACGUGGAGUGCAGAGAGACCUUUGACGCAGUGUUAGUGGCCUUGGGGCACUACAGGUUUGCUAACGUUCCCACGUUCAAGGGCCAGGAGAAAUUCGAGGGCAGGAUCGUUCACACCCACAGCCUCAAGGUCCCGGACCAGUUCAAGGACAGGAGGGUUGCCGUCGUGGGCAUCGGAAACUCCGGCGUCGACGCUGCCGUUGACGCAUGCCAUGUGGCUGCCGAGAUAGAAUGA